AACUACAGUCUUAUUUUUCACCAACCCUACAAUAUUCGACCACCCUCCUGUGAUGACCACAGUGUUUCAUUUGAAGAGAAAAUGGCUUCCAGACUUCUGUGGGCUUCAAGGGCUGCUUCUUACCUCAGAAUCUCUGUCUCUCACAGAGGCUUCGCCACUGUUCUGAAAGAUCUGAAGUAUCUUGAUUCCCAUGAGUGGGUUAAGGUUGAUGGAAAUUCUGCAACUGUUGGCAUAACUGAUCACGCCCAAGAUCACUUGGGUGAUGUUGUAUAUGUUGAACUACCAGAAGUGGGAGCAUCCGUGACACAAGGACAAAGUUUUGGUGCUGUUGAAAGUGUUAAGGCUACUAGUGAUGUCAAUUCUCCCGUUUCAGGAAAAGUGGUUGAAAUUAAUGAGAAGCUGGAAAGCUCUCCUGCUUUGAUCAACUCAAGCCCUUACGAAAAUGGAUGGAUCAUUAAAGUUGAACUGAGUGACAGUGGUGAACUCAACAAGCUGAUGGAUUCAGAUCAGUACUCCAAGUUCUGUGAAGAAGAAGAUUCCAAGCAUUGAUGAUAGUCUUCUUCUCAGGAUUUUUCGGGACUAUGCAUCCAAGAAAGUAGAACGGGUUAAUUUGGGAAUCCUCAAUAUUGCCUCUUUUCUUUCUUCUUUCCCCCGUGUUUUGACUUGCUUUUUCUCUGGUUUCACGAUAGCUUCAGAUUCGGUGGAAUGGAAUAAAAAUCUUUGCUUUUUCUCCUAAAA